GUAUACUUGUUGGGAAAAAUGGUGUCUAGGUAAGGGAAGGAAAGUUUCAACUUUCAACAAAAGAUUUCAUGUCUGCCGCAAACUGAUGAAACCAAUUAAUGGAAAUUCGAAAGAAUCUUGGUGAGAAAGUGAUGCUUUUUCUCUUGCUUUGAAGCGCAUAAACAAAAGGGAAGACAGUGGAUUAUCAAGUAAGCAUGAGCACACAUCAUAAUGCCACCAUUCCCCCAACAUAAGACCUCUUUGGCCUCAUUUUCCUCUCGUGUGCUUGCUAUGUGAACAUCUCACCUCCUCUCAUUUUCUCUGAUAUGGCUGAAACUUCGCCAUCUCCCUCUAUUACCGCUAUCUCGAGCAACCCUUGUCAUGGCUCACAAGAACCAGGAAUGGACUUCAAUCUCAUGGUGAUUGGGGCAGCCAUGCUAUGUGCCUUGGUGUGUGCCCUAGGCCUCAAUUCCAUGUUGCAGUGUGUGUUUCAAUGCACUCAGCGUGCAUUAACUGAGCCCAGGGAAUGGAUGGCCUCACGUAGGCUCAACUCUGGCCUCAAAAAGACAGAAAUGUUGGCUUUACCCACUUCAACUUAUGCCAGCUCAGGCUCACCAUCUUCAUCCCCAGGUUGUGCCAUUUGCCUGGCAGAUUUCUUGGAUGGUGAAAAAAUCCGAAUUCUGCCCAAAUGCAACCAUCGGUUCCACGUUGCCUGCAUCGAUAAAUGGCUGCUCUCUCACUCUUCCUGCCCUACUUGCCGGUACAGGAUCAAGUCCAGUGAUUCUGUCCCAUCCUUGGACCAAAUCAUCACAGCCUUGUGAAGCUGUAUGCUGUACUACUUUAAGAACUCCCUUUUUUCCUCUUCUUUUUCUUCUUCUGCAUGCUUCUCCAUGAUAAAUAAGACUAUGUAAGUUCCUUCAAUUAUGUUCCUUCUAUGUUUUAGUAUAUGAAGAGAAUAGAUAAGUUUUGGAGCA